UGUGUUGAUGUUGAUGUCAGCAUGGAGGCAGUUCAGGAUCAGCCUGCUCAUGCUGGCGCUUCCAUUGGGAUGACAGCUGAUCCCGCCGUGGCAUAGAUGAGCAUCGGGAUCAUCUGAUCAACUGCAGAGAGCGAGCCUAGUCAAUGACAGGCGGCUGAAACGCACGUUCGUCUCAUCCGAGGUUUAUAUUUCACUCAACGAUACAAACUUAAUGGCAGAAGAGAAAACCCGAACGAGCAUCAACUGGAAAGGAAAGUUCCCUUGCUGUCGAUUUUUAUAGUUUCCUGCAGCGCUGUCUGACCACACUCAGGACAUUUGUGAUCACACAGGUAAUGAGUGAACAUGGAGGCUGGCUCGGUGGUGCGUGCAGUGUUUGAGUUCCUCCCGAGCGUCUCUGAAGAGCUUCCUCUGUUCACCGGAGAUGUCAUUGAAGUGCUCAGUGUUGUUGAUGAAUUCUGGCUUCUUGGAAACAAAGAUGGAGUCACAGGCCAGUUUCCUACCACUUUUGUGGAGUCUGUUACAAUCCCAGGCACCAAGGCAGGAGAAAAUCUGUAUGUGUGCAUUAAUGACUUCAACUCUGCGGAGGCUGGAAACCUACCACUAAAGAGAGGUGAUGUAGUUGCUGCUGAAAGUAGUAUGGAUUCUGUAUGGAUGAGAGGGCAUAAUGCAUGGGGCUCGCGUGGACUCUUCCCUGUCUCCUGCAUUAAAGAGCUAGAGCUUUCUGGACGAUCCAGGCAACUAUCCGAGCGCAGUGCAGCUGUCCAGGCCUCUGAGCUCCCACCACAUGCACUGGGCCAGGCUCGUGCCCUCAUGAACCUUCAUGCCCAGUUGGACGAGGAGCUGGACUUUCGAGAGGGUGAUGUCAUCACCAUAAUAGGCCUGCCAGAACCUGGCUGGUUCCAGGGAGAGCUGGACAACAGGACAGGACUUUUCCCAGAAGGUUUUGUGGAGUUGCUUGGACCUCUGCGCUCACCUCUGGAAGAGCCUGAACCUCAGACCUUGGAACAGUAUCCAGAUUACAGCAAUGAGGAUGAAGAGAGGAGAGCGGAAGAAGAGAAGGAUGAGGAACCUCCAGAAAUGGAGAUUCAACAAUGUCAAGAGGAUGAAGAGGAGGAGGAGGGAGCCAUUUACGGUAUUGCACUUUAUGAAUUUCGAGCCCUUGAACCUGGUGAGCUGGACUUUGAUGUCGGUGAUAGGAUCCGCAUUCUUGCCUCUAUGGAUGACGGGUGGUUAGAGGGGCAAAUACACAGCAGGAGAGGAGUUUUCCCACAUCGAUUUGUCAAGAUUGAAGGGCAGCUGCAGACUGUCCCACAAACUGAGACUUUAAUCAAUGAAAUUAGUGUACCUAAAAGAGAAGAAGAGUGUUACACCCCAGACUAUACCUCAGCUGAGGAAGAUCACACAGUUCCAGAAUAUGGACAGGAGUUGUCUAUCCAGCAAGACCACACAGUGUGGGACCUGGAUUACUUUGAGCGCCGGGAAGAGGAGCAAAAGGAAAACAAUGGUCACAACGUGCACUCUGAUCAGAGCUCUCAAGAGAGAAGAAUGACUCAAAAUCAAUCACAGGUUCAGCCCCAAGAACGAAGGCGAGAUAGACCCCCACCUCCUCAGACACAACCCAACAGAGGAAGCAGCUCAGCCCACAGAAGUGUUCAAAUUAACAGAAGAAGCAGCCCCAAUAUGGGUCGACCUCAGCUGCCCCCUAGACCAAGUCUACAUGCUCUUAGCAACCGAAAAUAUAGCACUGGUUCUCACGCUAGCUUACGACAACCCCCUCCAGCACCCAUCACAAUGAACCAGAGUCUCAAUCCACCUAACAAAACAUCUCCGAAUUCCACGUGGACAAGGAACAAUGGUAAAUAUGCCUCUUACAACAGCAGAAACCCCUUAAGCAGUAAAAGUUCUGGUGAGAAGAACAGGCAGAAGAAGCUAACUCGACAUGCAAGCGUUAAUGAUGCAGACAUAAUAUCUGGUGGAAGCAGCGAACAACAGGCAUGGCCUCAAGUACAGGGUUCGAAUGGGUUUCCGACAUCUCAAACUAUGGGGACUUUGGCUUUGUCAGCUAAGGAUCUUGAAGCCAAGCUUUCUCAGCAGCUGAUAGAGUUCGAAAAGAGCUUGCCCAGUCAUAGCAAUGAAGCAACAGAGCAGAGCCGAUGGGAGGAAGUUAGUGGCAGAUUAGGCAAUAAAGUUUCCCGCCACUUCUCUAUUAUGGACUACAGUGAUGAGAAUGACAUAAUCCGUGGCUCCUCUCACUCCUCGAUAGAACGUUUAUUACCUUCCACUUCCUCGCCUUCUGGCUCUGCCUCCUCCUCUUUGGAGAGACGAAAAAAUCUGCGUCCACCUCCUCCUCGACCUCGAGUCCUUAGGCCUCCGGCACCUACAAAUACGCAUUGGUCUCAGACCAAUGGUCGUAUUACUCCUCAGCCUUACCGACCUGCACGUCCAGCACCACGUCCACCUCCUCCAUGUCCACACACCAAUGCAGUGACACCUCCAACCACAUCCAACCCAUUUUAUAAUUCUCCAGAUGAAGAGGAGAUUGUUGAAGAGAUGGAAGAACCAGAGGAUGUUCUGGAAGCCGAAAAAGAGAUGGAAAGGGAACAGGAGCAAUACAGGCUACUCCUGAGGCUGGAGGAGGUGGAAAGAGAAAUUGAUAUGUACUCUAAUACAGCCCAGGAACUGCAAGCCAUGCUGGAUGAGGAGCAGGAUGAGACUUCAAGGCAACAAGCUCUGGAGAAUCUGGAAUUUUGCUCUUACACCAUGGAGACACUGACCUUGGAACAGCAGCAACUACAAGAGAUGACUCUUCUUGCCUCUCAGCCGAAAUCUCUAGAAUCAUCACCAGCGUCGGCGGCCAACUCUGAAGACCCCGAACUAAGGAUGCUGGAGAAAAGGACGAAGGUCAUCGAGGAGCUUCUGCAAACUGAACAUGACUACAUCAAAGACCUUCAGAUGUGUGUGAAGGAGAUCAUUCAGCCUCUGCAGAAGAAACAGGUCCAGGGUAUUGACUUUGAUGGCCUUUUUGGAAACAUCAGCUCUGUUAUUGACCUUUCCCGUAGGCUCAACAAGACCCUCCAGGACACUGACUCUAUAGGUCAAGUGUUCCUAAGCUACAAAGAUCAGUUGGAGGAUGUGUACAAGAUCUACUGCCAAAAUCACGACGACGCCAUCUCUUUACUGGAGACCUAUGAAAAGGAUGAGAACAUUCAGAAACAUGUGUUGGAGUGUCUAGAGAAGCUCAGAGGGAUAUAUCGCGAGUGGGGAAAGACGAACUACAUUAAUCUGGGUUCGUUCUUGAUAAAGCCGGUGCAGAGAGUGAUGCGUUAUCCUCUCCUUCUGAUGGAGCUGCUGAACACCACUCCUGAAUCACACCACGACAGACAGCAGCUCUCUGAGGCAGUCAUGUCUAUUAAAGAGAUCAACGUCAACAUCAAUGAAUACAAGCGGAGGAAGGAUCUGGUGGUGAAGUACCGCAAGGGCGAUGAAGACAGGCUAAUCGACAAGAUCUCAAAGCUUAGCAUGCACUCCAUCAUCAAGAAGUCAAACAGAGUGAGCAGCCAUUUGAAGCACCUGACUGGGAUCUCGCCUCAGAUCAAAGAUGAAGCUUUUGAUGAUGCUGAGAAAAGAUUCAGACUCCAGGAGAGACUUAUUAAAUCGUUUAUCAGGAACAUUUCCCUCUAUCUGCAGCAUAUAAGGGAGUCAGCCUCAGUAAAGGUCUUGGCCGCCAUUAGUUUCUGUGACAUCUACACAGAACGGCAACAGCAAAUGGACCCAGAGCGAUUCCAGAGAGCACAUCGAUGCAUCAGCGACAAACAGUUCACAGAGUUUAAGGAGAGGACAGAAGCCCUAGUCAUCACUCCCUUAACCCAGCUGCUCAACAUGUUCACCGGUCCCCACAAACUGAUCCAGAAACGUAGAGACAAGCUUCUGGACUACGACAACUGUAAGGAGCGUGCCGAAAGGCUAAAGGACAAGCGUGUGCAGGAGGAGCUGCAGACGGCCAGGAAUAACUAUGAAGCUCUGAACGCCCAGCUGCUGGACGAGCUGCCCAAGUUCCACCGCGCGGCUGAAGAUCUGUUCACCAGCUGCGUCAGGGGUUUCGUCCAAGCCCAGCGAGAUUUCAUUUCACUCACACUGGGAGAGCUCACACCGCUGCUGCAGCUGUCUGGCUUGGGAGGUACUGAAGGAAAUCUGGUGUCCUUGUUCCAAGAGGAGCACACGCGAGUGCUGGAUUUACUUCAGAGCUUUAGUUUCUUCCCUGAAAACCUUCCUACUACUGUACGCAAGACUUUCGAGAAGAAGACUCUGGAGAAACAGUACACCAAGAAGCCCCAAGCACCUCCAAACUAUGUGCUCCAGACAGAUGAGCACCGAGCAGGGCUUCUGGUGAGAUAUGGCCCAGAGAAUCUCUACCAGGCCGAAAGAAAUUUUAACGCAGCACAGGACCUAGAUGUAUCAGUUCUGGAAGGUGACAUUGUGGGUGUCAUCAAGCAGCAAGACCCCAUGGGCAGUCAAAACCGGUGGUUAAUAGACAACGGAGUUACGAAGGGAUUUGUCUACAGCUCUUUCUUAAAGCCCUACAAUCCCCGAAGGAGUCAGUCAGACGUCUCCAUUGAGAGCCAGUCAUCAAAUGAAUCCGGCUACGGCGGCUCCUCACCCAUGUUUUCACGGCAGAACAGUAACAGCACACUGACUUUCAACCAGGAGACGUCUACUGUCAGCUUCACAACAGCCACGACACAAAACCAAUCAAACACUCGGCCAAAUAAUGAGAGCACUCCGAGGAAAAUCAGAGAGACUUCGUCCAAUCAGAGGGAUUCCCUUGAACCCGGCUUCAGAAACUCACCCAAUCACAAAGAAGUGUCAGAAACUGCCAUUCGAAACAGCAGGGAAUAUUCAGAGCCCUCACAUCGAAGUUCCACCAAUCAUAGAGACUCUGUAGACUCUGAUCAAAACACUCCAACCAAUUCGAGAGAUCGGUUAGAUUUAUCGGAGACAGAUUCUUCUUCUUCAAGGAACUCAAGAUAUGAACCAUCAUCUAGAUAUCAGGAUUCAAAGGCUUCCUACGGCUCACAUCAGCGACAGAAUGGAGACUAUUCAGGUCAGCAGAGAAGGCCACAAUACACUCCUGAGGAGUACAUCGAGCCGGAGCCAGAGCCGGAGAUUGAUGGACACCAGAUAUACUACGCUCUUUACUCCUUCAGCGCACGCUGUGCAAAUGAGCUCAGCAUUUCAGCCAAUCAGCGGGUGCGAAUCCUUGAGUUCCAGGACAUGAAUGGCAACCAGGAGUGGUGGCUGGGUGAAGCAGGAGGACGGAGGGGGUACGUCCCGUCAAACUACAUCCGCAAAUCUGAGUACACAUGAGCCACUGUCUCCCACAAAACUACCCCAAACCCUACAGGCCAACUCCAAACACACUACAAAAGGACAUUCUUGUGCCUUAACUAUAGCAGAGAGAUGCACUGAUGUGGUGAAAUGCUAAAAAAAAUACCCUCCAUGUUGACAUGUUCACUCAAUGAAUGUAACUCCACAGCGCUUCCUAGUGGAUACAGAGGAUGGUGCAUGUUGAAAAUGAAGUAAUAGAGUGAAAAAAUAGAUCGUUUGGAUUGAGAGGCAAUGAGGUGUUGGAUUCGAUGGUCUCCAUUUAUAGUCCAUUUAUAGUGUUAGCGCUUAAUGCUCUGUGUAGAGCAUAGAUGUGUAGGAGUGGAGGACUUCACGCUGGAUGGUGGAUGAUGGGAUUGAUAAUCCAGUACAACUGAGUGAAUGAGUGUUUGUGUGCCAGUGAGAAUUGUUUGAGAGUGUUUGUUGUGCUUUUGAGAUGUUUCCUCCCUUCAUUUGACAAUCUUAGUUGCACCGAGAGUGAAAAACAAGUCUGUUGGGUAUUAUUGAAUGCGAACAAAACCCUUUAUUUAAAGUGUUUGCAUUUACGCCAUUUUGAGGCUUCCUGAUGUUGAAGGGAUAAUUCAGCUAAAAAUGAAAGUUUUCAUGUCAUGUCAUGCUUGUUCCAAACCUUUUUUCUUCCACAAGUUUUUUUUUUUUUUUUUCUGUUGGACUCUUAAUAGAAGAUAUUUUGAAGAAUGUUGUAGCCAUUGACUUAUUACUUUUAUAAAAUUAAUUACUUUUAAGCCUUUUAUUUCCAUAAUCUGACAUAUUCCAGAGGUCAACAGUACAGUAAAGGAAAGCAUAACAUUGGGAAAAUUAUUUUGUACACAAAUUAGGUUAUUCUAAAUAAUUAAUUUACAUUUUUUUCUGUUGAACUCAAAUGAAAGAUAUUUUGAGGAAUGUUGGAAAAUGGUAGCCAUUCACUUAUUAUUUGUAUGAAAUGAAUUACUUUUAAGGCAUUUAUUUUCAUAAUCUGACCUAUUCCAGAGGGACUGAAAGAGUACAGUAAAUGAAAACAUAACAUUGGGAAAAUAAUUUUGUGUACACAUCAAAUUAUUUAAAUCAGUAAUUAAUUCUAAAUGAAUCUUACAAUUUAAUUACAACAAUUCUGCUAAAAUGAAAUUUGAUCAUCUUCUACUUGUUUCAACCUUUUUUUUAUUUAUAAAAGUUUAUUUUUCUGUUGAACUCUAAUAGAAGAAUUUAGAAAAAUGUUGGAAAAUGGUAGCCAUUGACUUGUUACUCUUAUAAAAGUACAAAAGCAAAUGAAAACGUAACAUUAGGAAAAUAAUUUUGUAUACGCGUUAAUUUAUUUAAAAUAAUUUAUUCUAAAUGAAUCAUACAAUUUAAGAACAAACUUCUGCUAAAAUGAAAUUUGAUCAUCUUAUGCUUGAUCCAAACCCUUUUUUUCUUUCAAAAUUUACUUUUCUGUUGAACUCUUAAAAGAAGAUAUUUAGAAGAAGGUUGGAAAAUAGUAGCUGUUGACUUGUUACUUUCAUGAAUUUACUAUUCUGAAUUUUAUUUUUUCAUCUGACAUAUUCCAGAGGUAAACAGCACAGUAAAUGAAAACAUAAAAUUGAGAAAAUAAUUGUGUACACUCAUUAAAUUAUUUAUUCUUCCAAUUUUUUCUUGCUCUUGCUGUUGAACUCUUUUUAGAAGAUAUUUUGAAGAAUGCUGGAAACUGGUAGCCAUUGACUCAUUACUUUUUAUGAAAUCAAUUGUACUUAAUUGUACUUCUGUAGUCUGGCACUAUUCAAUCUGGCAUGUUCCGUGUUUAACUCUAAUAGAAGAUAUUUUGAAGAAUGUUGGAAACCGGUAGCUACUGACUUCUAUAGUCAUUUGUUUUAACACAAAGAAAGAUAUUUUGAAGUAGCCAUUUUCUUAUUAUGGAAGUCAAAGGCUAUACAAAUUUCUAAAAUAUAUUCUUUUGUGUUCAACAGAAAAAAGGAAACUCGUAAAAGUUUUGGAACCAUUUGAGGUUAAAUACAUGGUGAGAUGUUUACAUUUUUGGCUGAAUUAUCCCUCGAACAAUAUAACCACUGAUGAGCAUAUCAUAUUCCUGAAAAUAUGAAUGAAAUGCAAGAGACACUUUUGUUUUUUUAAGGUACAGUGUUUGUUUUUUUUUACUUUUUUAAUAGCAUUAUGUUUGCCACUUGCACUUGAAUACAUUUACAGUUUAAUACCAAGAUGUUGUGAGCAGCUGUGCGUGAGUUCAGAAUACCAGCAGAUGAUCUCUGAAUAUUUAUCUCUUGUGCUGUAUAUACUGAGAAUGAACAUCUGCACUCCACUGUCAACUGAUCCAUUGCUUCUCUUUGAAAUAAAAUCAGUUGAAAACA